AUGGCUGUGACAAAGAAGGUGAAUCUAUACAAGGUAGCUAAUGAUUAUAUCGAAAAAAUACUCGCAAGUGAUCGAGGCGAAAAUAGUACAUCCAUUAGAGUUCUAUUGUUAGAUAAAGAUACAGCACCCAUCAUCUCACUUGUGUCCACUCAGAGUAAUCUUCUAAAAAAAGAAGUCUAUUUGGUAGAAAGACUUGAAUCGGAAACCAGGGAUAAACUCAGAAAUUUGAAAUGCAUAUGUUUUUUGAAGCCCAGUGAUUUAACCAUAACCAAGCUAGCCCAGGAAAUAAAUAAUCCAAAAUAUUCCAGCUAUGACAUUUAUUUUAACAAUGUUAUAUCAAAGUCCAGGUUGGAGAGGUUAGCUGAGGCAGAUGAUCUAGAAAUUGUUCAUAAGGUUGUCGAAGUCUUUCAAGACUAUUAUGUCUUAAAUAAAUCAUUCUUUACAGCAACCAAUGCUCCCAACCCACUUUUGGCUUCCCCGGCUAUUGGAUGGGACCCAGCUGCAUUCCAAUCGUCAAUUGACAGUUUAUUAUCGUUCAUUCUUUCACUAAACAUUAAGCCUACUAUAAGAUACGAAAAUAAUUCAAAGAUGGCUUUUAAACUUGCUAAUGCAAUGAAAUAUGAAAUCGAGUCAUCUAAUAGCCAGUUGUUUGAUAAUAUCAUGCCUCGGUCUAUCACAGAGCCAAUGGUUUUAAUAUUGGAUAGAAAGAAUGAUCCAAUAACACCUCUUUUAUUCCCUUGGACGUACCAAUCGAUGAUACAUGAGAUGCUGACAAUAAAUAACACUAACAAUACUGUUGAUCUGUCACAUUUGAGCAGUGUCGGUGAAGAAUUAAAGACGGUUAUAAUGAAUGAAAUUCAAGACCCUUUUUAUGAAAAAUGCAUGUACUCAAAUUUUGGUGAUUUAUCAUCUCGAUUGAAAGAAUACGUUGAUGACUAUAAACAGAAGACAAAGACAAACUCAAACAUUUCUUCCAUUAAAGAUAUGAAGUUUUUCCUUGAGAAUUACCCUGAGUUUAAAAAAAUAUCUUUGAAUUUAUCCAAACAUAUGUUGCUCACAUCAGAGAUCGAUAAACAAAUACAUCAAAAGAGAAUUUGGGAAACCAGUGAAUUUGAGCAAGAUAUGUGUAGUACUCCGGACCUCUCUCAUCAUGAUUCUGAUCUACAAGAAUUAGAGCGGUUUCUACACGAUAAAGCAAGUCGGGAUGGUACUAUUAAUAAGCCCAUCCCUGAAGAUGAAAAGCUUAGACUUUUAUCAUUGUAUGCUAUAAAAUAUGAAAAUCAUGCAAGCUGUAAAACCAAGGAUUUAUUGGAAACACUAAACAAUCCAAAGUUCAGCUCCUUUAUUCCAUUACUUUUGAAAUAUUGUGGUUCUCAGGCAAGAAUGGCGGGUGAAGAAGGACAAAUAUUUAACAAAUUAGGCAAUAACGGUGGAUCAACCAACCAAGUUGCUGCAUUAUUUAACAAUUUUUCACGGAACAGUAAUUCAGAUAACGCUUAUAUGCAGCAUCAACCGAGGCUUGUAAAUGUGUUACAGCGUCUACUAAAGACCAAAACUGGGUUGAGUGACAAUUUAUUCCCAUCUGUAAAUACCAACAACACUACAGCAAAAGUUCCACGGGAUGUUGUUGUGUUUGUUAUUGGAGGUGUAUGUUAUGAAGAAGUUAGGUUUGUUUAUGAAUUGAAUCAAAACAACGAAGAUUUCAACAUCUUGAUUGGGGGUACUAAUACUCUAAAUAGCAAUACAUUUAUUAACAAUCUCAUAGAUAGUUCUACAUAG